CAGGGUCCAACCUCUUACCAUAUUAUCCAGAUUUUGACCUUUGCCAACAGCACCUGGGCACGAAAUCAAGCCUCAGGCUGGUUGGAUGAUAUUCAGAUUCAUGGCUGUGACAGUGACUCGGGCACUGCCAUUUUCCUGAAGCCCUGGUCCAAGGGCAACUUCAGCGAUGAGGAGAUGAUUGAGCUGGAGGACCUAUUCCGAGCCUACUUCAUUGGAUUCACUCAGAAAGUGCAGGACUAUGUCAGUAAAUUCCAGGUUGAAUACCCCUAUGUGAUCCAGGGCAUAACAGGCUGUGAGCUGCAUUCUGGGAAGUCCGUAGGAAGCUUUUUGAGGGGAGCUUUAGGAGGACUGGAUUUCGUGAGCAUUAAGAAUCAUUCAUGUGCACCUGAACCAGAGGGUGGCAGCAGGGCGCAGCACUUCUGUGCACUUGUCACUCAGUACCAAGGCCUCUGGGGUAUCAUAGAGACGCUCCUCUCAGAAACCUGCCCUCGGUUUCUCCUUGGUGUCCUCGAUGCAGGGAAGGACGAACUACAGAGGCAAGUGAAGCCCGAGGCCUGGCUGUCCAGUGGCCCCAGUCCUGGGCCUG